CACAAAACACCAAAGCUACAAUGUCGCCCUUCAACCAUUGUAGAAAUAUUGUUAGAACAGAUCUAUGUCAUUUUACAAGGAAGCAGAUCCUUCGUCUUUACCUUUAAAGUAACUGUCAACUCUUGCACCACUUACUAAAGGAGAGUAGGAAGCGUCUGGUGCAGUCACAUACACGAAUUAUGGCGAGCCUACUAAACCCUGGAAGAGUGCACCGCGUUUUGUCGGAGCGGAGCACAAGCAAUUCUGUUCCACCAGUCAAUUCCCAUAGUCGGAACGUAUGCAGUCACCACCAUACAUUUGGAGCCGGGCCUCAAGCAAGAUCUCCAUCACGCAAUGUGGAGGCUCGUGGCAUUAGGCGUACCCCCGUUGUGACGCCCGACAUUCAGAUAGGGCAAGGCGAAGACGCGAUCCAAAUGGACCUUUACCGAUACUUGCUUACAAACCGUAUCAUCUUCGUCGGCGGCUAUAUCAACGACAAGGUGGCCACGCAAAUCGUGGGGUCACUGCUGGCGCUUGAGGCUGUCGAUGAAACCGAAGACAUCCGGAUAUACAUCAAUUCGCCAGGCGGUCAGCCCUACUCGGUGCUGGGGGUGGUGGACGCCAUCCAGUCCAUCAAGCCCGACGUGCAGACGGUGGCGCUGGGCGCCUGCUACAGCUACUCCAGCCUGCUGCUGGCUGCCGGCACCAAGGGCAAGCGCUACGCCAUGAAGAACACGCGCAUCAUGAUGACGCAGCCCAUGGGCGGCUCCCAGGGCGAUAUCUACCAGGUCAAGAAGACGGUGGAGGAGCUCAACGCGCUGUACCAGCUGUUUUGCCGCUACUACAUGAAGUUCACGGGCAUGAGCCAGGAUGAGGUGGAAAAGGCGACCAGCCGGGACAACUUCCUGACGCCCGAGGAGGCCAAGAUGGAGGGCCUUAUCGACGAGAUCAUUCGCGGCAAGGGCGACUACACGGUCCCCCCCUCCAUGGUGCGGCGCAUGCGUGAGGUGGGGCUGGUGGACGACCUCACCCCCGGGCCCUUCUACAAGGUCACGUGCGACUGAGGGGGGAAAUAAUACAAGAAAUGCAAACAACUUAAGUCCCAAUCCCAUAUCCCGACUCAUGCAGUGAGUGCAUUC